GUUCGACUACCACGAGCCGGCUCUGUGUAUUAAGCGUAUUGACAUCCAGGUCCGAGCAUGGGAUCAGCGCGUUAUGAAGAUGAACAUCUACGGCUCAGCAACUUCGAGGGAAAGUUUGAUGUCAAGGAUUUCGUGGGAUCGAUGUCAGAGCGCCUAAUUUUGCAGUCAAAAACCAGCUCAGGACCCUUCGAUCCCAAACCGUUCAUCAGGUCUUUCGAAGAAGCCGUUGACAAACUCAUAAGUGUCAGGAAAGACCUUCAGACCAAGAUUGAGCAGAACGAAAAGAGCGUUCGUGUUGCAGAGCGAGAGUACUCCAAGAAGAUGGCUAACCUCAGUCAAGGGUUUGAGGCUGCAGGUAGCUCUUUCACAACCAUAGAGGGGAAAAUGAAUGAAGUUGGUCGAGCAGCAAUAAGGAUUGGUGAACAGCUGGAAUCUGUGCAUAUCGAGCGACAAAGGGCGCAUGCUGCACAUACUCUCAUCGAUUAUUACAUUCAGUUUUCUCGCGGAGACACAACACGGCUUGACGCACUCAAGAAAGAAGGCAAAGAGGGCAGAAGUCAAGUUGCUACCAUCCUCAGAAGACUUACAACAGUGGCAAGGGAGGUUGAUCUACCAAAUGCUGAGAAGACCCGUGAAGCCAUCGACAAGUACUGCGAGAAGUUCGAAAAGGACAUGCUGUAUCUCUUCGACCGAUGUUACCGCAAAGGUGAUCCAAAGUUGAUGCAUCACUGCGCCCAAACACUGCUAGAUUUCAACGGUGGUGCUUCCUGUGUUCAAGUCUACGUGAACCAACACGAUUUUUUCAUCAAUAAGGUCCGUGACGCACCAGCACAAAACAACGACCCAAUGUGGAAUUCUAUCGUGAUUUCCGAUGAACCACCUCCCAUAGCGGAAUCUGGUCUCACUGAUCUGUUUACCGAGAUUAGGUCGACUGUGGGGCAAGAGGCACAGAUAGUACAAGCAGUCUUUCCUAAUCCUCAAUUUGUUAUGCAAGUCUUCUUACAGCGUGUCUUCUCGCAAACGAUACAGCAGUACAUGGAGCAGCUCCUCCACAAGGGUGCAACCCUUUCCGACCUUGCGUAUCUCCGAAUGCUUCAGCUCGUCCAUUCUGAGACUUCUACCCUCGUCGAGGAUCUGAAAACUCACGAACUUCCAUCUGUGACUCCAAGUCGCUCCGCUCUGGAUAUGUCAGAAUUUCGUCGAACGCUGUCCAACGGGCCAUCGACUUCAGGCACUGCUGCGACUUCACUGUCAGUCAGUGCGAUGCUUGAGACUGCAAUGGAUGAGCUCUUCGUGCCGUACAUUGAAGGCCUAAAGUACCUAGAGAGAGAGAGCAAAAGCUUAGGGGAGCUAUAUGCAGGAUUGCUUGCGGAUUUCACUCGAUUUCAUGGGCGGAUAGUCAAGGGGAAAUCCUCCAUGUUCAACCGAGUCGUGAAUCAAAUCAGUGCCGCUGCUACAUCAAACGCAAGCGGAAACAGCACAUCUGCACAGGCAGCAGCCGCUAUCAUGAGAUUUGGUGGUAUAAGUGCUGAUCGCCUGCAAGAUAAGACUACAGAGGAACCUCUCCAGGAAGAAGACGGAUACUUACAAAUCGACAUAGCCGAGACAAUGCUCAAAUGGCAUGCUGAGGCGCUUCGUCGGUGUGUGGAGCUGAGCAUGCCUAACGAUGUCGCGAAAAAUACAUUUGCCCUGUUACGCGUGCUGUCGGAAGCCGUCUGUAGCGCUUAUCUUGAGGUUGCGGUCGAGACAGCCUAUGCACGGCUUGAGGCCGCGGACCCAAAAGCCGAACCUGGUUUACAAGCACUAACAGUCCUUCGUUCCGUUGACCUCAUUUGCCAUCUUUGGCAACACUACGCCAACAUCGCCUUGUUUCCUUUGGCUUCUGCGUCGGUUACUGUAAGGCGCGAAAUGACAAUAUUCAAUAACCAGACUGUUAGCCGCAUCGAAGGUGGCGCCAACAGUCUUCUCCAACGAGUCAUAGACACCAUUGUGGCAUGGCUUUCCUUGCAGUUGACGAAGCAGAAGAAGAAUGAUUUUAAGCCUCGGAAUGACGACCUUUCUUUUGCUCGCGUCAACACAGAGCCAUGUGUAGCCUGCUGUGACAUGCUCGAAAGGGUUCGCGAUGCUGCUUUUGAGAAUCUAAGCGGCAAGAACCAAGAGGCUUUCUUGACGGAGAUUGGAGUUACAUUCCACGCAGCACUUCUGGAACAUCUUAAAAAGUUCCCAGUCAGCGCAACCGGUGGUCUGAUGCUUGCGAAGGACCUUAAAUCUUAUCAGGACACCAUAGCCUCGUUCAAUGUCGCUGCCCUUCUUGAACGCUUCGAGUUUAUCCGUCAGCUUGGCAACGUUUUCCUCGUCAGGCCCGAGAUUUUACGGUCGUACAUCACCGAGAAUUAUCUUGGGCGGAUCGAUGCUGCGUUGCUUCGCCCCUACCUAGCCCAGCGGAGCGACUGGGGCCAAUUCGAAACACGCUUUAACGAAGACGAGGGUGGGGAUGAAGACACUGCAAUUGUUGGUCCAGAAGCUGGAAGCAAACCACUAAAAGACCGCUUCAAGAUGGCGAGACUCAGCGUGAUGAUGCGUGAGCUGGAAGGCCUGAGACUUGGCGAGAGCAUGUCGAGUGGAUUUGCUAGCAACUUUUUUGUCGCUGGGCGCAAUGCCAUGGGCGGAGUAUUGCCAGGCCCGUAGGCGAUAUCGCCACUUUCUUAGUGUAUGUUUGUGCUCCCGGUGCAUACCAUUAGAAUCGUCACAUUCUGGAAGUUCCCUAAUUUACAACGUGUACUAUUAUCAUCUGACCAUUUUAUUCUAUCUACUCGCCCUUGAAUACGGGGGUGCGUUUUUCGCGGAAUGCGUUCAGCGCCUCCGUCCGAUCCUUACUGGUGAGCAAUGGCUCGUAAGAUGCACGUUCGAAAUCAAGGCCUG